AUGGAGACCACCAAAGACUCGGAUGUCUUUACCAAGACUCACAAGGAGCUCAAGGAUAUUCAAUUAUCGCAUCAAUGGGAUCCGAACUUACCCCAAGAGGAACUAGACGCUAUCAACGAGGCUGCGAAUACCAGUGAUCAAGAGAAAGCUGUGGAGUUCGAGAAGUCAAUCGUGCAGGAAUCGCAGUAUGAGUCUGUUCGUGCUGCUGUGCGCAAUACAGAUGGGGGAGAAGUCGCGAACACAGUGCGUGCAUGGAUUUUGGGGAUGUUUUUCACCACUAUUGGUAGUGGAUUGAACAUGUUCUUGAGUAUGAGGAGCCCAGCAAUUUCCUUCCCUUCGAUCGUGGUACAAUUGCUUGUGUAUCCGAUGGGUUGCUUCUGGGCAAAAACAAUGCCCACCAAGACAUUUAACACAUUUGGUCUCAAAUGGACAUUGAACCCAGGACCUUUUACUAUCAAGGAGCAUACAGUUAUCACGAUUAUGGCAAACGUCUCAAUCGGAUAUGCAUACUGCACCGAUGCACUCCUGGCCUUGAAAGCGAAAUCCCUGUAUGGUCUUGACAUCAGCUGGGGAUUUCAGCUUUUGUUUGCACUCAGCAGUCAAAUUGUUGGAAUUGCUCUGGCUGGUAUGUUCCGCCGAUUGCUUGUGUGGCCUGCUGCCAUGAUAUGGCCUACUCAAUUUGCCAAUACAACUUUAUUCUAUGCAUUGCAUGAUAAGAGCGACUCAGAUCCAUCGCAGACUAACGGCUGGACUAUUUCGCGAUACCGCUAUUUCCUUUAUGUCAUGCUCGGUUCAUUUUGCUGGUAUUGGUUUCCUGGCGUUAUUUGGCAGAGUCUAUCUAUUUUCGCAUUUGUGACAUGGAUCAAGCCUAAUAAUGUGGUGGUAAAUCAACUAUUUGGAGGCUAUACCGGCCUUUCUCUCAUUCCGUUGACGUUUGACUGGACCUAUGUCUCGGCAUACCUCCUCGACCCCCUUCUUUCGCCCGUUCAUGCAAUCAUGAACACUUUCAUCGGACUUGUGAUAUUUGUGUUGAUCACCACUAUUGGAAUCGCCUAUACUGGAGCGUUCUAUUCCGACUAUCUACCCAUCAACACAUCAACCACCUAUGAUAACACGCAACAACAAUAUAACGUCAGCAAGAUUCUGGGCACUGGUUUCACGUUUGAUGAACAGAAAUACAAGGCUUAUUCGCCCAUGUUCCUUGCUCCAACAUUCCUAUUGAACUAUGGUCUCUCCUUUGCAGCCUUGACAGCCGUUCUUGUUCACGUCGUUCUAUACCAUCGGAAGGAAAUUUGGCACCGUGCCAAGGCUGCUCGUGAUCAAGAGCCAGAUAUCCAUUUGACUCUUAUGAAAAAAUAUGUUGAAGUUCCGGAGUGGUGGUACGGAGCUCUCUUCCUGUUGGCGAUAGCUCUGGGAUUGGGCGGUAUUCUCGGAUAUGAUUCUCAGCUGCCUUGGUGGGGCUUUUUUGUCUCCAUUAUCAUCGCCGUUGUUUUCAUUAUUCCAACCAGCAUGGUACUGGCUGUCACCAAUAUUACAAUUUCUCUCAACGUUCUAUCUCCCUUCCUUGCUGGAUUCAUGAUCCCCGGGAAACCGAUCGGUGUCAUGGUUUUCAAGGUCUUCAGUACAAUCACAUUAGGACAAGCUCAAACAUACUGUUCAGAUCUUAAGCUCGCCCACUACAUGAAGGUUCCACCACGAGUCACCUUUAUGUGCCAAGUCGUUGCGACAAUCUGGGCAUGUUUUGUGCAAAUUGCAGUGAUGAACUGGACACUUGGAACUAUCCCUAACGCCUGCUCCGAGGAUCAACCUGACCAUUUCUCGUGCCCGAAUGGACGCACAUUCUUCUCUUCAAGCAUUGUUUGGGGUGUCAUUGGGCCAAGCCGUAUCUUUGGACCCGGCGCAAUAUAUACAUCGAUUCAAUAUUUCUGGCUCCUGGGAGCACUUCUCCCGGUCGCCUUCUAUGCCCUGAUGCGAAUCUUCCCCAGAUCCAAAGCUCGAUACCUCAGCGCCCCUGUGAUGCUGGGCGCUAUGUCUUGGUUGCCUCCUGCCACGCCCAUUAGCUAUACAUCUUGGGUCAUUUUCGGUCUGAUUUUCAACUACUGGAUCCGAAACAGAUGGGGUGGUUGGUGGCGCCAAUACAACUAUGUCACUGCAGCCGCACUCGACAGUGGACUGAUUCUCUCGACAAUUGUCAUCUUCUGUGCUAUUACCCUCCCUGGUGUCUCGGUGCCAAAUUGGUGGGGAAAUACAACUGCGUUUGAGACUAUGGACUAUCUUUAUACGGCUAUUCGAAAGACGGUUGCAGAUGGAGAGACUUUUGGCCCUUCAACUUGGUAA